AUGGCGGUAGAGACGUACAGCUAUCCCUCCCCUGGAGUGCACGCCUUCCUCCGCAGUUGCGCCGAGCUCGCAGGCAAGCGGCGGUUCAACGCAGCUCCGAAGUCCAGGGAGGUGGCCAAGCUCCUCACGGAGUACCGGCAGCGCUGGAGUGUGACACUACAGCGGGCCCAGGCCAACGCCUUGCGUGACAAGACCCACGAGGCGAUAGCCGCGGACGAGCUUGGCCUGCAGGGCCCAUUCGAGCCGCUAGGCGAGGAGCAGCUGUACCAGCUGAUUGAAGACCCCACUGGCCACUGCAAGCUCGCCACCCCCUCAGCCGCCCCCGCCAAAUUCCACAUCCGACACAUACUCAGCGUGGGGUCUCUCCCCGCGCGGCUGGGGAGAGGUGCAGUCGGAACUCCGCGCGGCGGAAACGCCGCCACCAGGCCCGGAGCAUGGCCCUUCGAAUUCAGAGGAGCGGGGAACCCAGGAGCUAGGCGGCGCCCGCGGAAUGGCCCCCUCGCCGCUGCAGCUGGCAGAUACUCCCGCAAUGUCGGCGGGCGCAACGGAGCCGCAUCAACCGCAACAGCGCCGGCGGGGGGCUCAGUGCCGCGGAGCCCUGGCCGCGACUACCUCCGCUGCGCGCGGAAUUAUUCCGCCGCCCACGACGUCCGCCAGAGCCAGCCGACUGAGGACGGGGCGGGGAAGGCUCCCUGCGACGCGACUCCCAGCGUCCCGCAUGAGCCCCGCGGCCCCGACGUGGAGGUGACGGAUGCGGCGACCGCUGAUGAGGGGAACGCCGCCGCGGAGACUGCUUGUCCGGCGACCUGUGAGGAGAGUGGUAGCGGCGGUCGCGGCGCCGAAGAUCCCGCUGAUAUUCCUCCCACCUCCGCCGCGACUCGUGCGGCUCAGGGGCGCGAAACACAGGGGACGCGGGUCGAGAUCCCCGACGCUGCGGAGACCGACCCCGCUCCUGUCGAGCUGGCUCGGCAUUCGACGCGACGACAAGGGGAGCAUGGGAUUGCUCAGGAGACGCGUGACGAUCCGCCCCGCGCAGCGGAAGAGACAACCCGCGCUCAAGACGGCGCACGGGCGCCGACGCAGCAGGACGAGCCUGCACUUGGGGACGCGGAGGCGCAGGCUCGGGGCCUGGAGGGGGAAUCGAACCGCGGCAGAAAUCACAUUUGA